CAUUCCGCCAUAUUUGCGCGUCGAUUUUCCCAUCCUCCGCCUUCCACAGACAAGCCCCCUAUAGCCCAAGUACUUUUUUACAACUGUGGCUAGUGGGAAAAGGGAAAAAGAUUUUAUUCGUGCGCGCCCUAGUAGGAAAAUUUUCGUGCAUUAAGGACAUAUUUUCAUCCGCCUACAUCCAUUAGGCCGAUACAUUAACAAGUGUUGUGUUAUUUUAUUCUGGAUUAACCCAAGUGGACAAACCUAGGGUUCGCCGACGUUCGUGAUUCGAAGGCUCCAGUAUAUCCCUUGUUGUGUAAUAUUUCGAGCUAGUGACAAACGUUUGAGUGAACAAAUCAGUUGUGCUUUGUUGGCACCUCCAGUUCUUUUUUUAUAAACUAAUUAAAGCUAAAAAGAGUUUAUAGCAUUUCAUCUGAAAUCUUUCAUUUGGUGGCAAGUUCUAUUCUCCUUUAUUGAGUCUUUUUUUCAUUUGUGUGGAAUCAACCCACUGGGUUGGGUGUUGGGAGCACCAAGAUAUUGCGACUGUCAAACCAGAAGGAGAAGAAUACCGCAGGAGUACUAAUACUAUUGUUUCUUUUCCAUUGAACUCAGCCCAGGGCAAAGGUUUGUUCUGUGGGUGGGAAUCUGAGUGCCUCAUGUUGGGGAUUGUGUGUCCAGCAUGUCCACAUCGACCACAAAUGUCAGUGCUACCAAGGGGGAGAAAGGCAAAGCUAAAUAUGCAGCGCUAAACAUCAAUAACUUGUACAAGGGUAACUCAAUUGAGCCACAGGCUAAAACGGUGGCUCCUAAACAUGGCAUGCAAAGUCUGGGUAAAGUGCCUAGCGCUCGACGGGCCCCUCAACCUGUUAACUUGCCUAGUCUAAAAUCUGAGAUUGGCGUUGUCGCACCAGAACCCUCCAACCCUAAUUCUGCUUCUUCGUCUACCACUGGCGGUGGAGGUGGCACAAGUGGUACAACCCCCACUACAUCAACCCCACAGACUACUACACCCAAUUCCGCGGGAUGGACCGGAAGUGCUCAAGAAGCAGCCACGUCAGCACCGGCUGUUGCCGGAAGCAAACCUGCCCAGUCGCAAUCGCCAGCUCCAGCCGGAGUCGUUCCAGCACCAACGGGUCCUCUUCCAGUAGCUGCUGCAACGCCAGGUCAACAGGCGUCGAUUCCUGCACAGACCAGACAAGCUCCAAUUUCCACAUUUCUAGAGAGGAAAUUUCAACAAGAGUUUCCUUCCCUAACGGCGGACUCGCAAGUUUCUGGCCCACCAGUGAAAAGACCAGCAGCACCACAGACACCUACAGUGGUUGCCGUGCCUGUUCCCGUAUCACCAUCAGAAAUUCCUCGUCAGGAGUCUCCCCAGCCGCUGCAGUACGGUCCUGGUCCCAGUCUAAGACCACAAACCGAAGGCAGUUGGGUACAGGGAGGAAGGCCGUCAAAUAUUCCACCUUCUCAAGGGGGCCCAGGUGUCGUCGAUGGCUCGGCUGUGCAGGCUGCAAAUGUUUUGCCUCCGGGCCAGGUCGGCCCGCGCGGUAUUCCUGUACAUCCAGGUCAGAUUGCUGGACAACCUCAUGCGCUUCGAUCUGUCAUGCCGCCUUUCAUGUUCCGCGGUGGACAGAUUCCUCCGGGUAAUUAUCCAGCCGGUCCGUACUCGGGUUCCGGCCAAUUCGGACCUAGAGGACCUGGCGGUCCCGCUGGUAGAUAUCCCCCACCGCCCUCUCAAGAGGCGCGUUAUCGUCAAGGAAUGAGGAUGGCUAAUCCGGCUGCUAACCAGAAUGAUCCCGACCUGUAUCCUCGACCAAUCAUUAAAGAAGAAGACCUUCGAAGAAUGGAUGAAAUAUCGGGAGACGAUGGCUGGGCGGCUUUGCAAGACGAACCUGAUUAUGAUAAGAAACUCGACGACGAUGAACCUAGCGAACAACUGCGUAACGGCCAACAAAGUGGUGCGUCGGUGGCUAAUGCUACGGCAGCGGCUGCUGCUGCUGUCGCUGUCGAAGAAGAAGCAAAGGCUGAUCGGGACGGAAAAUGGGCCGACAACAUUCAAGCUCAAGGUCGGGCUAUUUCCACGCUACCUGCUCCCAGUGUUCACACCCUCAACAGGGAUCGUGCGACGACCGUGCAGGCUAGUGGAAGUCAACCUGUUCGCCAUCCUCAUCAACAGAAUAAUAGCCGGCCAAUCUCGAUGGAUGAAGAUGAUUUUUGGAGAGAGCAGCAAAGGCAACAAAAGAACGUAGAAAUUAAAGCAGCCCAGCGUGCUAAAGAAAUGAGAGAGGAAGAAGAACGCCGAUUCGAACAAACCAAGCAAGGGGACCGUAACAGAGAAUCUACCACUGAUGUUGAACCGAGAACCGGAUUGAAUCAGAGAGAUCGUGAUCGUGACCGGGAACGUGAUCGAGAACGUGACAGGGAACGUGACCGUGAGCGUGAUCGAGAACGUGAUCGCGAACGUGAUCGGGAUCGGGAUCGCGACCGCCAUCUCGAUGAUCGUGGCCCGGACAGGGAUAAGUACGAGCGAUCUGGAUUGGGUAGAUCAGGAAAUGAUCGACCAGACUACUCCUAUAAUAGCCGUAAUGCUCCGCCACAACCUCAACUUCCUCCAAGAUUUUUGAGGCAAAGACAACAGCAAGCUGCUAGUGGCGGCGCUGGAGUCGGAAGAAUGGAUGAGAACGAUCAACGAGGCCCACCACCAAAAGAGAUACGGUUGCGAGAUAGAGAUGAUCGGGAACGUCCUCAACCUCCAAUUAUGGAUCGCAGCAAUAGUUAUGAUUCUCGCGGAGGCGGUAGCAGUGGGCGCGAUUGGCACCAAGAUCGAGACAGAGAAAGAGACAGAGAUCACGAACGUGACCGCGACCGUGAACCACCGUAUAAAAGACCUGGAGAAAAUUGGCAACGAGCAGAACCGGAGAAAAGGCUUAGCGAUGGUCGAAGUCAUCGCCCAGAGUUACCUGUUCGCGAUCGUGAAUGGACCGAAAAAGAAAACAUUGUCAUCAAACGCAAGGAUGCCAAGUCAUCCGAGUCUGAUACCGUGGAACAGGAUAGACCCAACAGCCGUAAUAGUCGGUCUAGUCUCAAAGAUGAAGGGGGCAAAGAAAAGGGUAUUCUUCCUACCCUCUUGACAGAAAUCGUGUCGUGGGCGGACGAACCCGGGGAAGAUGAAAUCCCUCUUCCCUCUAGUACUCAUUCUGAUCGUGGAUUCAGUGAAGAGCGACGCAUUCAAAGUGGUGGCAAAACCCAUGGCGUCGGAUCUCACCUUCAUGCACCUGCUCCCAUUCCAAGAGAAAGACUUGAAGCUGAUGUUCGUACAGAAAACAAACAAAGCAAUUUUGUUUCACUUCGCCGGUUGCCCGGACGGGAAGGUCAGUCACUUCCAGCGCAGCAACCAGCAAGCACUCACGGUGAUGUACGAAGCAGUUCGGUUCCUCACUCUACCAGUACCAAUGCCCAUGACGAGGCGGAGAAAAAGCAACAGCAGCCGCAGCAGAGAUCGCCCGCUGACGGUGUUCAAAAUGUUUGGACCACGCGCUCUAAAAGUCGAGAACAAGCUCCGGAGCCACCAAAAGUGGUCGAAGAGAGAUUGGCCAGCACAGAGACAGGUGAAGAUUCGGAUCGUAAAGGCCCUGCUAAAGAAAUGCGUAAUAGACCAGUUAGUUCGGCGACACAAAAAACCGGCAAUAGUAGCAGUAGCAACACGCAAUCUGUUGCCAAUAACGCAUCGAACGCUGCGCCUUCAGGUAGAAGAACUGGACCUGGUCAUCGCCGUCGAGAAUCGAAUUCGCGAUAUUCAGACAGUUACGAUGAAUACUAUGAAGAAGAAGGUGCCCAUUAUCGAACGAAUGAACAGCAUGUCGAAAAGAAACACUUGGAAGCUCCUAGAAAGAGCAAAUCUCCUGAUGAAGAGGAAGCCCAGAAGAAGGAUCAUGCUAGGGGUGGUGUCGGAGGAACAGGAAAUAACCGAGGUCCACCUCCAGCAGCAGGCGCAGCCCCUUUCCGCAACCGAAGAGGUAAUGGUCGUGGAGGGUUUGACGAUGAGGAGCCGCAUACUCGCAACAAAGACAGCCAGCAGCAGCAGCAGCAACAACGUCCUCCCCGUUUCCAGCAGCAAGACGAUUCAGUUAGUGGGUCGAAUGCCAGAAUCGACCACAAGAUUAAAGAAGAGGCAUGGGAGAGUGGUCAUUCAGAGCACAGCGACUCAGCACACAAUCGAUCAAACAGACAGCGUGGCGUGGGGGCAGGAGGUGGACGCGGUAGUGGAGGCAGUAGCGCUGCCCCAGUCGGUGGCAGUGAUAGGCGUCCUCGUGGGAAACCUGAUCAUAAUGAUUAUUAUAAGGAAUCGGAAACUGCCGGUGGAACCUCGUCCAACUUGGCUUCAACCAAGGAUUCAUUAUCUACUGCCGAAGAUAAGGACCACGACAGGAAGCCGUCAGCUAAAGACCGUCCACAGCAAGUGAAUCAGGAAGAUAGCAUAAAGCGCACGGCUGAACCACGUGUUGAUAGGAGAAAUGAGCCCAAAGACAUGCGGGACAAUAGAGAUAACCGUGAUCGUGGAGAACGAAACAGAAAUGACCGUGAUCGAGGCGACCGGAUCGAACUACGGGAUAAUCGUGAUCGAGCUGGAGGAAGGAAUGAUGAAAGAGGAAAUCGUGGAGGGCAGGCUUCCAAAGCUUCGGAAAAUCAACGCUACGAGCAGAGGGUUAAGACAAAUCUUCCGCCUCGCCUGGCAAAACUGGAUAACCGCCAUAAAACCCAGAAAUCCGAUAAUGCUGAACCGCAUGAAGGAAUGCCUUUAUCUCAAGUGAAAGAGAGCACUCCACCGGUCCAGCAGCAACAACAGCAAAUGGGUGGGACCUCGUGGGAAAAGGCUGGAGGUGCGCCUUCGCCUGGACUUACGAAUGCUGUGGCAUCAAUGGCGAUUGACCGACUCUAG